UGCAUCUGCCCUAGAUGUAUCCAUAUAGAGAAGCAGAUGUAAAUCCUUCAUGUGGGAAAGGGUUCAAAACGGACUGCAGGUUCUCUCCCCAGAUUUGGUUAUGUGAUCAUCAGUUUAAGCCCAUAAUCCCGUCUAAUCGGGAAUAUUCCAUGCGUGUGCCUCGGGAGUUUGCUGAAAUGACACAUUUCCACGCAGUUCGCGAAAACAUAUUCGCCGUGUUUCAGAUGCGUCGCUCUGCUCUGUGUGCGCACGGACGGCCCGGCCAUGGCGUUCAGCAGGAGAGUCUUCACUCCGAGCGCACAAACAUGCUCUGCUUGAUCCCCCUGCUUCUGCUGCUGCCGCCUCCGAGCAUCAUGUCGGGCUUCAGGCAGUGUCCGAGCCCCUGCCUUUGCUACGAGUCCUCCGACCUGGUGGACUGCAGGUCUCAGGGCUUGGACCAGGUCCCCGCCGGUGUCUCCCACGGCACUUGGCUGCUGGAUCUCAGCGGGAACAGGGUGAGAGAGGUGCGCAGUGAUUCGUUCGUGGGACUGUGGUCGUUGAAGUUCCUACUGAUGUCCAACAACAGCAUACAUGCUGUGCAUCCACAGUCUCUUUCAUCCUUACAGUUUCUGGAGAGGCUGGACCUGAGCUUCAACCGACUGCGCUGGCUGCCUCAGGACUUCACUCUCCAUCUGACCUCCCUCCAGGAGCUGCGGCUGGACCACAACCUGAUGCAGCACGUUGACUCCUCCUCCCUGAGAAACUGUGACAACUUGAGGAAGCUCGACCUGAGCUACAACCGCAUCCGAACGAUUGACACCAAGGCUUUCCACAGCCUCUCUCGACUGCGCCUCCUGCACUUGGAGGGAAACAAGCUGAACGUGCUCAAAGAUGGGCUGCUGAGCCGCCAGCAGACCCUGGAGGUUCUCCUGCUCGGCCACAACAACAUCUCAGCGAUCGAGGCCGAAGCUCUGGCCCCUCUCCGCGGUCUGACCCUGCUGGGCCUCCGCGGAAAUCAGCUGCAGCACAUCAAGUUCAAGACCUUCCUGAAGCUGAAGACUAUCAACACCCAUCUGCAGAUGUCCCUCAACCCCUGGACCUGUGACUGUGACCUGCAGCGCGUCUUUGGUAAGAUCCAGCACGUGCGACACCUGCAUGUAGAGGACUACAAGGCCAUCCUCUGCCACGCCCCUCCUCAGCAGGCUGGGAGCCCCCUCGUGUCCAUGGACAGCCAGCUGUGCAUGGCGGAGACAGCGUCGGUGCUGGUCAUCACCAUCACCGUGAUGCUGGCAGUGAUCGGUGCGCUGGUCAAAGCUGAGCGCAACCGUAAGAGCAAACAAGCUGCGAGUGAUGCAGAGUCUUCAGACAAGUGAUUGGCUAAAGGAUGGAGCUCUGACACACACAGAUGGCCUCCUGCUGGACACUACAUGAAACAGCCACUGGAGAAAGACCAAGUGGGUGUUUUUUUUUUUUUUAUGUAGUUAGUGGAAAACAAUCCAAAACAUUAUCAUUAAUUUCUGUCCUUUCACUAGUUUUACUAAAAGGCUUUCCACAAUGUAUAAAUCACUUGCAAAAAUAUUGAAACUUAAAUGUUCUUCAUGUUGAAUCAUGUCAUCAGCAUAAAUAUAAACAGUUGGAUUUCUUUUUAUUGGCUAGACUAAUCCAAAGUUAUGUUUUACUGUGAAAUGGAAGGAAAUCAAUAGUUUUCAAUUAUUUAAUGAAUAAAAGUCAAAAAGGUUUUCUCUGAUAUCACUCUAAAACAGCAACCACUUACUUCCAGAAGUUGCCCAAGUAGUGAAUACAUUUCAUCUUGCGUUUAAUGCAGUUUUGGAAUAAAUCCAGCUGACGCCAUACCUUAAAUCUGCAGCACUCUCUUUGGUUUUUAUUGCUGUAAUUAUGCAAUAUUUAUGUCACAUCUAGAAUGUUGCAUAAUCACAACAGAAAAAAAAAAUCAAGACUGAUGCAGGUCUAAGGUAUGGUGUCAAAUACUUGCUCUUUAUGUAGGGUAAGCAAACUUAUCAAG